UCUUAUAAGGAUAUCUCAGAGGUUAGAGUGUUCACAUCACAAUGCUUGUGGUGAAGAAUUUUCGUAUUAUGAUAUCUCAGAAUUAAGAGUGUUCACAUCACAAAGCUUGUGCCGAAUACUUUUCGUAUAACAAUAUCUCGGAGGUUAGUGUGUUCACAUCACACAGCUUGUGGUAAAGAUCUUUCGUAAAAGGAUAUCUCAGAGGUACAAUUGUUUACAUCACAACGUUUGUGGAGAAGGCCUUUCGUAUAAGGAUAUAUCAGAGUAUUGCUUUUAAAAAUGGCAUGUAGUAAAGAGAAAGGACGUCAAAAUUACGCUCAAUUGAUCCAGAUACAGGAUGUUGCCAUAGAAAGAUUGGGGGAUGUUCUAAAAAAAUACACGAAUGACCAAUUGAUGACGAUUGAUCAACUUUUGUCUAAACAUAAAGGCACAAUAUUAGAAAGUGAUGUUGGGAAGCGCUCCUUAAGUGUGCUUUUUCCUCAAGGAAGUACGAAAACAGACCUAGAGAAUUGGGAUAUUACAUUAUAUUGUUGUAUCUUGACCAAUUGCUGCAUCUUGCCUUCAACGCUAGAAAAUGAUGUUAAUGGCAUACGUAUAACAAGAAAUGCAAUUCAUCACUCACCAAAGGCAAUUGUUGACGAUGAUGACUACACUCAAUUUUCAGGCGUGUUUAAAACAUUUAUAUUUAAUGCGUUAAACUACAUUAAUGAUGAAACACUGAAGGUAAACGUAAACAAGCAAGUAGAAGAAGCGGAACGCCUUGUCAGCGAACAGGUAGUCAAAGCAUAUGAACGUUCUCAUAAGCUUUAUUUGAAGGAUACGACCAUGGCUGAAAGCCUAAAAGAGAACAUAAAUGCACAUAGCGACGAUCGGUUUGAUAAACUAGAAAGUUUAUUCAAUAAACUUUCAGGAGAGGUGAAAUCACAAAUCAAACCACCAGUAUUGCUUUUAAAAAUGGCAUGUAGUAAAGAGAAAGGACGUCAAAAUUACGCUCAAUUGAUCCAGAUACAGGAUGUUGCCAUAGAAAGAUUGGGGGAUGUUCUAACAAAAUACACGAAUGACCAUUUGAUGACGAUUGAUCAACUUUUGUCUAAACAUAAAGGCACAAUAUUAAAAAGUGAUGUUGGGAAGCGCUCUAUAAGUGUGCUUUUUCCUCAAGGAAGUACGAAUACAGACCUGGAGGAUUGGGAUCUUACAUUGUUUUGUUGUAUCUUUACCAGUUGCUGCAGUUUGCCUUCAACACUAAAAAAAGAUGUUAAUGACAUACGUUUAACAAGAAAUGCAAUUCAUCACUCACCAAAGGCAAUUGUUGACGAUGAUGACUACACUCAAUUUUCAGGCGUGUUUAAAACAUUUAUAUUUAAUGCGUUAAACUACAUUAAUGAUGAAACACUGAAGGUAAACGUAAACAAGCAAGUAGAAGAAGCGGAACGCCUUGUCAGCGAACAGGUAGUCAAAGCAUAUGAACGUUCUCAUAAGCUUUAUUUGAAGGAUACGACCAUGGCUGAAAGCCUAAAAGAAGAGACUCAUUUUAAAUUGUAUUUUCGAAACUGUACGCCACAUGAAGAGGAAAAAAUGUCUCGUGAGUUAGUAGCUAUUUUUGAAGAAGAAUUGGCAAAGGAAAAAAAACUCCAUUUGUCGGACAACGAUUAUACCAGACUACAGGAUGUUGCGGAAUCAUUUAUCAAGCGUCUACGAGAUGAGAAAGGUACUCAGAACAUAUCGGAAUAA